AUGAGCCAACAACCACAAAGGAACGCGCCUAAGGUCCAUAGGAUAUUUAUUCCUUCUUUACACGAUGGAACUCGUUUAGAAGCUCGGGUUGGAGUAAACCGUACUGACGAUCAAAAUCUCGUUAAAGCCGUUGUUAUUUCGCAUCCAUAUGGGCCUUUAGGCGGAAAUUUCUAUAAUAAUGUUGUUGUUGCAGUCGAGCAAUAUUUUCAAGAUAAAGGAUAUUUGACAAUUGCGUUUAAUUUCAGAGGUUCCGGAAAGUCUAAAGGUCGAACAAGUUGGUCUGGUGAACCAGAGUGUGAUGAUUACAAAACGAUGCUGGAAUUUUUAUCGAAAUCCGGUAAAAUUGGUGAAAAUACCAUAUUACAGAUUCCCAAAAUUUCUGAUGUCAACGUUCCAAAGACCAGAAAUACCUAUUGCAAGGGUAAAAAUUGUAGAAAGCAUACUCCCCACAAAGUCUCUCAAUAUAAAAAGGGUAAAGAUUCAUUAUACGCUCAAGGUAAAAGACGUUAUGAUCGUAAACAAUCCGGUUAUGGUGGUCAGACCAAACCAGUCUUCCAUAAGAAAGCUAAAACUACAAAGAAAAUCGUCCUUCGUUUAGAAUGUCAGAGUUGUAAGUAUAAACACCAAGUCGCGAUCAAAAGAUGCAAACAUUUUGAACUUGGAGGUGACAAAAAGACCAAAGGCGCUGCACUUGUUUUUUAA